AUGAGAAGGACUCUGGUCUGCUUGUUGAUUGAGAUUCUGGUUGAGAUUGUGGUUGUGGUUUUGGUUGUGACCGUGACCGUGACUGUGACUGAAGUUGUGUUUGCGGUUGCAGUUGAGGUUGCAGUUGAAAUUUCAGAUGUGUUUGCGGUUCAAGUUGAAGUUGAGGUUGAGAUUGUGAUUGAGGUUGUGAUUGUGAUUGUGAUUGAGGUUGCGGUUGCGGUUGCGGUUGCGGUUUUGGUUGAUAUUGUAGUUCCGCUUGUGUUUUUGGUUGUGGUUGUGGUUGUGGUUGUGGUUGUGAUUGCGGUUGAAGUUGAGGUUUUGGUUUCGGGUGCGGUUGCGGUUGUGAUUGAUGCUCUGGUUGAGCUUGCUGUUGUUUUUGAGGUUGUUGUUGAGGUUGGGAUUGGGAUUGUGGUUGUGGCUGUGGCUGUGGUUGCGGUUGUGAUUGAAGUUGAGAUUGAGGUCGAGGUUGUGGAUUUGGGUGUGGCUGAGAUUGUGGUUGCGGUUGUAAUUGCGGUUGUGGCGGUGAUUGUUUCUGUUCAAGAUUACCAAAGCUCGGGGGUGGCACAGGAUCAUGCAAAUUCAGUGGCGAUAUUUUUGGGGAUUGUGGUAUUUGAGGUAAUUGUGACUUUUGCGUGGUUUGAGAUUGUGGAGAUGAUUCCAACGGAAGUACCAAUGUUUGCAACUGUGUAA